AUAAAAUGUUUGAAAGCAGGAACUGCUGCACUUUGACUCUUAGAGAGAAGAGAGAGACGGCGAGAACAAUGACUUCAACACAUUCAGUGAACGAUUUGAGAAUCGUUCUUCUGGGGAAAACCGGAUCAGGAAAAAGUGCAGCAGGAAACACCAUCCUGGGCAAAAAUGCUUUUGAAAGCGUCAACCUCAUGAGAUCAGCCAAUAUACUGUGUGAGAAACAGCAAGGAUUAGUUCAUGGAAGGACUGUCACUAUAAUUGAGACUCCCGGGCUGUUUAACACAGCUAUGAAUAAACAGCAGCUGAAGGAUGAAUUAGAAAAGUGUGUAGAGAUGUGCUCUCCUGGUCCUCAUGUGUUUCUGCUGGUGCUAAAGCUGGGUGUGAGAUUCACAAAAGAGGAGAGAGACGCAGUGAAAUGGAUACAGGAGAACUUUGGAGAAGAAGCUUUGCGUCGUACCUUCAUUCUGUUCACUCACGCUGAUCAGCUGAAAGGAAAACCUCUGGACGAGUACAUCCAUAAAAGCACCUAUUUACAGGAAAUCGUUGACAGCUAUGGAGGCAGAUAUUACUUAUUUGACAAUGAGAACAGAAAGAAUCAAGAUCAGGUCACAGAACUAUUGAAAAACCUGAGGAAAAAUAAUAAGAUGAAUUACUAUACUCUUGAGAUGUUUAAAUCAACUCAGGCAGGAAUUGCGAGGAAGGAGUGGAUAAAUAAGGUAAAAGUUGUAUGUAGCGUUGCAGUGCUGCUUCUCGGCAUCGUUUGUGCAUUUCUGCUGCUACAGGAGAAGAUGUCUUUGCAGCUGUCAGAGAUUUCAGAGAUGCAGGAGAAAACAGCACCGCAGCUGCUGGAGAUUUCGCAGGUGCAAGAGAAUUCAAUGGCAGGAAAGCAUCCAGAUCUGAGGAUCGUUCUUCUGGGUAAAACUGGAUCAGGAAAGAGUGCAUCAGGGAACACCAUCCUGAACAGAGAUGUGUUUACAGUCAAACACUCGCUGAAGUCGGUUACAACGGCCUGUGAGGAGCAAGAAGCAGUUAUUGAUGGACAAAGCGUAUCAGUUACUGACUGUCCCUGUCUGUUUGACCCUUCGGCCAGCCACAGAAACCUACAGAUUUUAAUACACGAGUGUGUGCGUCUGUCUGCUCCCGGCCCGCAUGCUUUUCUGCUGGUUCUGAGACUAGGCAUGAAAUUUACAGAGGAGGAGAAAAACGCCGUGAAAUGGAUUCAGAGGAGCUUUGGAGAAGAUGCUGUGAAGUACACCCUGGUUCUGUUCACUCACGCUGAUGCACUGAAGGACAAGCCUGUAGAGCUCUACAUCAGCAAAAGCAAAGACCUACAGGAACUGAUUCAGACCUGCUACGGCAGAUAUCACACGUUCAACAACGAACACAGAAAUAAUAGAGAUCAGGUCACACAACUGCUGAAAAUGAUAGAAAAAAUGGUUAAUUUUAAUGGAGGGGAUCACUAUGCUAAGAAGUAAAGAUUUUUCCGGUCAACUGAAGCGUUAUUAACUAAUCACACAUUUCUCAAUAAACCAUUUACAUAAUAAUAAGGAGUCUUUAAUUACCUACACAGCCUAAUAAGCGCUCAAGCUCAAACAUAAAGCUUGCCACGGCGCACCGACAAAAACAGUAAGGAGGCUGCGUUAACAUUUUAAUAUUUCCAUAAACUAGUGCUUUCUUUGUUGCCUCAUCUCUGUAUUAGUGAUGCACCUGUGUGUAUGUUUCAUAUGGAUUACAUAAUAUUUGUUUUCCAUUUGAAUUGGUUUAUUUGAAAGUAGACACUUCACUCUCUAUUGGUGUAUUUUUAAUGCCUGUAACGCAAAGUCAACAGAAAGCACGCAUUUGCUUUCAUU